GCGCUCGUCUGCUCUGUGCGGAGAAUCAUCAGACAGCUCGCUCACUAGAAGGAAGUGCAUAUGAAGUGCCCUUGGUUUUAUUUUGAUGCACAAGAGCACUAAUAUCUUCGUAUUAAAUAACAUAAUCCCCGAUAUCAGUACAGAGGGGUCUCUCCUGGUUGCCCAAGCGGCAGAGGCUGUUUUCACCGGAGCAGCGUGGGUUAAGGUGGGCCUUGCCCGGAUAUCUCUGUCUGACAAGCGAACCAAGACCGAUCCGGAACCCGCCUCGAGAUAACCAGCACACCCAGUCCUCCGGAGAGCACACUUGGAGCCCCUUUUGGACUACAACACUCUCACACACACACACACACACACACACCAGCCAGAUGGCGGAUAACCUGAGCGAAGCCCUGAAGACGCUGAAGCUCUCGUCGGCGGACAGUGUCGAGGGCUGCUUGGACUGCCUGCUCAAAGCUUUGGCCCACAAUAAUGUUGAGACCAGUGGAAAGAUCCAGGAGAUGGGCGUUCUUGCCAUGAUGCCUGCUCUUCUGUCUGCGCAGAACUCAUGCACACCAAAAGUAGCCAACAUCAUUGCAGAGGUGGCCAAAAAUGAGUUCAUGAGGAGCCCGUGUGUGGAAGCAGGCCUCAUUCCUCCACUAGUUCAGCUGCUAAACUCUAAGGACCAGGAGAUACUGCUCCAGACGGGACGAGCCCUCGGCAACAUCUGCUACGACAGCCAUGAGGGCAGAAGUGCAGUUGACGCAGCGGGCGGUGCUCAGAUAGUUGCCGAGCACAUUAAGUCUCUGGCCGAAAGCACUGACCCGGCCACCGGGAAGCUCUUGACUGUCUUUUGUGGCAUGCUGAUGAACUAUAGCAAUGAUAAUGACUCGCUGCAGGCUCAGCUGAUCAUCAUGGGUGUGAUCCCAACCCUGGUCAGACUGCUGGGCGUUCAUUCUCAAAACACCGCCCUCACUGAGAUGUGCCUCAUUGCCUUUGGCAACCUGGCAGAGCUGGAGUCCAGUAAGGAGCAGUUCGCCUCUACUAACAUUGCAGAGGAGCUGGUUCGCCUCUUCCGUAAGCAGGUGGAGCACGAGAAGAAGGAGAUGAUCUUCGAGGUGUUGGCACCACUCGCUGAGAACGAUGUGAUCAAGCUUCAGCUGGUGGAUGCUGGUCUGGUGGAGUGUCUGCUGGAGGUCGUGGCUCAGACGGUGGACAGCGACAGGGACGAGGACGUGGCUCAGCUCAAGACGGCUUCAGACCUCAUGGUCCUUCUGCUGUUGGGAGAUGAGUCGAUGCAGAAGCUGUUUGAGGGGGGUAAAGGCAGCGUGUUUCAGAGGGUCCUCUCAUGGGUGCCCUCCAACAACCACCAGCUCCAGCUAGCAGGAGCGCUCGCCAUCGCUAACUUUGCCCGCAAUGAUGGGAACUGCAUCCACAUGGUAGACACUGGUAUCGUACAGAAGCUUCUCGAGCUGUUGGACAGGCAUGUUGAAGAGGGGAACGUGACGGUGCAGCACGCCGCCCUCAGCGCUCUGAGGAACCUCGCCAUCCCGGUGGUCAACAAAUCUAAGAUGCUCUUGGCUGGUGUGUCGGAUGUAGUGCUGAAGUUCCUCAAAUCUGAGAUGCCGCCGGUCCAGUUCAAGCUUCUGGGAACAUUACGGAUGCUCAUCGACACUCAGGCUGACGCAGCAGAGCAGCUGGGCACAAAUGCAAAGCUGGUGGAGCGUUUGGUGGAGUGGUGUGAAGCGAAAGACCACGCUGGUGUGAUGGGAGAGUCCAACCGCCUGCUGUCCGCUCUCAUCAGACACAGCAAGUCAAAGGAUGUGGUCCGAACAGUUAUACAAGGUGGAGGUGUCAAGCACUUGGUAACAAUGGCGACAAGUGAACACAUGAUCAUGCAGAAUGAAGCGCUGGUGGCCUUGGGUCUCAUAGCGGCACUAAAUCUGGAUUGCGCAGAGGAGGACUUUGUCGCCUCUAAUCUGGUGCAGGUUCUACACAAACUACUGAAAGAGGAGCACAGUGCACCGGAGAUCAAAUACAACUCCAUGAUUCUCAUCUGCUCCAUCAUGGGAUCAGAGCCACUUCAUAAAGAAGUGCAGAGCUUGGCCUUCAUCGACGUGGUGUCCGGUCUGCGCUCACAUGAGAACAAGACGGUGGCGCACCAGGCCUCUCUCACAGAGCAAAGGUUAACGGCGCAGAGCUAAAGGACUCUUCCACAGCAUCUCCUCCCUGCCUGCUUCCCCUCACACACAUAUCUCUCGUUGUCAUGUGCCAAGCUGUUGUCCCCUCUGCGUUCUCUGCUACAGACUCUCAAAGCCCUCUGUUUGCUCCGCGCUUGGAGAGAUACGUUACCCAAAGGCGGCCAUACUUUGUAGACAGCCUUCUGCAAUAGAUUCAUACCUGAACAGCAAAAUAUUUUUAAAAGACCAUAGCUGUGAUAAAAAAAAAACACACACAAAAAAACAUGAAAUUCACCUAUAAAAGCUGAAAAAAAAAUAGAA